AUGCAGCACUACAGCCACAUCUCCGCCAGGGCCAAAGAGGCUGAGCUCGCCCUGCAAGAAGCCCAAAAUCAACUUGAAUCUAAUUCGGGAGAUGUGGCGCUACGGGACGCUUUGGGAGAUCUUAGGAAGAAGUCCGUUUUCCUUGCCGAGGCAGAGCGGCACUUCUUCUACCAGAAAACCAAAAUCCAUUUUCUUAAGGAGGGGGACCGCAACACCAAGUUCUUCCACGACAUGGUGAAGAGGAAUGUCGCUAGGAAUUCCAUCGGGGCGGUCACUAGGGCGGACGGGACUGUUAUAACUGCUGCCGAGGGUAUUGCCCAAGAGUUCGUUGAUUACUACACAUCACUCUUGGGCACCGAGGCUCACACCCUCCCUGUCGACGAUGGUGUAUUUGAAUGGGGCCACAUACUCACCUCCGAGCAUACUGCGGAGCUUUGUAGGGAAGUCACACCGUUGGAGGUCAAGGAUGCCAUAUUCCACAUUAGCGACAACAAGGCUCCCGGCCCAGAUGGAUAUUCCUCGUGCUUUUUCAAGAAAGCAUGGAACAUUGUGGGUGAUCAAGUUUGCAGGGCCGUCCUGGAUUUCUUUAGGAGUGGGCGGAUGCUACGGCAGCUCAAUCACACUAUCAUUGCCCUUGUGCCGAAAUCAGAUCAUUCCACCUCUGUUGCGGAUUAUCGGCCGAUUUCGCGCUGCAAUGUGAUCUACAAGGCCAUCACGAAAAUCAUCUUGGACCGGCUAGCACCUGUUUUGGAGCAUUUGAUUGACCGAUGCCAAGUAGCAUUUGUUGGAGGCCGCAAUAUCACCGACAAUAUUUUCUUGGCCCAAGAAAUGGUGCGGCAGUACUCGAGGAAACGGAUUUCACCUCGAUGGGCCCAAGAAAUGGUGCGGCAGUACUCGAGGAAACGGAUUUCACCUCGAUGUACUAUCAACGUCGAUCUACACAAGGCAUUCGAUUCAGUCUCAUGUUCUUCUUUUUCAGUGGCGUUGAACGGCUCCCUUCACGGGUUUUUUCCGGGGAAGAAAGGCCUAAGGCAAGGAGACCCGAUGUCGCCGGCCCUCUUCCUUCUUUGCAUGGAAUAUUUCUCUCGACUGGUCAAGAGGAAAACAACCAAUUCGGACUUCAACUUCCACCCCAAGUGCGAGAAGUUGAAAAUCACGCACCUCAUCUUCGCUGACGACCUCAUGCUUUUCUCUCGUGGCGACCUUCGAUCUAUUCACGUCUUGAUGGAAUGCCUCCAAGAGUUCAGGGACACAUCCGGCCUCACCGUCAAUACCUCGAAGUCAAGCAUUUUCACAGCGGGCAUCCAAAAUGAGGAGCUUGAUGGGAUUCUCGCUCGGAUGGAAUUUGCGAGAGGCCGACUGGAACUUAUCCGAUCAGUAAUUCAGGGGGUGGAGUGCUUCUGGCUCCAAGAACUUAUCCGAUCUGUAAUUCAGGGGGUGGAGUGCUUCUGGCUCCAAGUUUUCCCACUUCCAGCGGCGGUCAUCGAGAAAAUCCACCGACUUUGCAGGAACUUUCUAUGGAACUCUCGGAGGGCACCGGUCGCCUGGGAGGAAAUCUGCCAUCCUAAGGAAGAAGGUGGACUCGGAAUUCGACACAUACAGUCUUGGAACGUGGCCCUCCUUGCCCGUGUAUUAUGGAACAUUCACCGCAAGGCAGACAUGUUGUGGGUGCAGUGGGUCAACGGUGUCUACCUUAGAGGCGCAUCAAUCUGGGACUGGCAACCGAAGAAGGGGGAUUCCCCACUCCUCCAACGGCUUGCCGAUAUUCGCAACAGGAUGGUCACUGAUUUUGGGUCUCCGGAGGCAGCAAUUGUAGAAAUGACGAGAUGGUCCACCCCGAAGGGUCUCCAAACGUCGAGGGCUUAUGAGUACUUCAGGCCGAAACUUGCGAGGCAGCCUUGGAAAGCGGCUAUAUGGAAGGCAUUUAUCCCACCGAAGUACUCAUUCAUCUUGUGGCUUGGCUUGCGCGGUAGACUAGCUACAAGGGACAGACUUGGAUUCCUCCAAGAGGAGGAUUUGUGCUCGCUAUGCAUCAACACCAAGGAAUCGGCUAAGCAUCUUUUCUUUGAGUGUCCGUUCAGCAACUUCGUUUGGGCACGCAUCCGACACUGGAUUGGCAUUAACAGGACUAUGUCAACCCUUCAAAGUGCGGUCAAGUGGCUCAAGAAGGAAAAGAUAGGUUCUUCCAUGCAGAACAAAGCGCGACACCUCGCUUUGGCAUGCACGGUGUACACACUUUGGAGGCAGCAACGAAGUCAUUUUCGAGGGGUCAACGGCCUGUCCCGAGAGGCUUAUAAAUUUAGUCAAGGUUACAUUGUCAUUUUCGAGGGGUCAACGGCCUGUCCCGAGAGGCUUAUAAAUUUAGUCAAGGUUACAUUGUAUAGGGUCUUUUGGACACUUUUCCCACACGGUUUUGAUUGUUCUUAA